UAUAGCAUAGUUGCUUCCACACUAAGAGAGACGCAUUUAUAAAAUGCGUGUACGUGCCCAUGACGAGAAGCUAAACACGCGUUUCGUUGCGUCCCUCCACGCGUAACGUGACGUGCUGACCAUCGACAUGGCGAUCGCCGGAGACAAUGACCGUGGCAGCUGCGUCCUGGCCGUCGCCUUCGCCGCGGCGAUGGCGCUCGCGCUGUGGCGGCAGCCGGCCGGAAGAGGGGCCGGCGCCGGCGAGCCGGCGGCGCUCCUGCUCGCGGCGGCGGCGCCGUACGCGCUCCUCUUCACGCUGCUCGCGUGCCUCCGCGCGUUCGGGCGGGCGGCCGGCGCCGGCGAUGCGGCCGCGCAGGGGAGGCUGAGGCUCGCGGUCUGGCUGCUCAGCAGCGCGCUCACCGUCAUGUUCGCCGCCAGGGUCGCGCCGGUGAUGCCCGGCGCGGCGGCGGUUCUGGUUUGGGGCAUGUCGGCGGCCACCGUUUGCGGUGGUUUCUACAUGCUCGAUCUCUUUCCUCUGGAUCGUCGAGUAGAUAUAACUAAUUGAGGAUUCAAACUAAAUUCGUUUGGUUAGGCUAUUUCUUAAAUCAUAAUUCCUCUGUAUUUGUUUGUUUUUUUUUCAGUUUGCUUCGAAUAAUAACACAGUCUAUGUGAAAAGGUGGUACGAAAAAUUGGACCAACACCGUAAGACUUUCGUAAGAGUAACACUUAUUUGUACCAGCCAAUAAGGACAUGCACAAAAAUAGCGAAUAAGGCCAUGUAUAAUAGUACAACAGAAAGACAAUAAUCGUGUGUCAUAUUAAUCAUCCUAACAUC